AUUUGGUAUAAGAAUCAUUCAAAGUCUUUGGCUAUGGUGGACGACGCAUGCUUUGAUCAUCUUGUCUUUCCACAAAAACUCUCUGGAAUUGGAGAUAAUUUUACUCCAGGUGAUAGAAUUCAAAGAUGAUGAACUGGCUUAAUUGACGUGCGAGUAUAUAAUGGAAAACGAUCACCCUGGAAUAUGAUUUUGGGGAACUGGGAACUCCAAUUCCAUGGGUUUGAUGUAAAAGUGAAUCCAAGUUUUGAUAAAAUUCGCAUCAGAAGGUCGUUGAUUCAAGUUCCAAUUGAAGCACGGUAUGUGUUUGCUGAAAUGUCAAUCUGAAGAGUUUGUUUUUGAUUUGAUAUGGGUGAUGAUGAAGAUGAAAGAUUAUGAAGAUUUAUCUGCUGGUUUAAAUUCGAAAUCUUUCAUGGAGUCUCAUUUAGAUAAGAUGAAAUUUCCAUCUUCACCAAGAACCCCAACUUCAGUUCUUCCAGAUUAUCCCGCUAUUGAAUCUUCUGAAGAUUGCUCGAUUGUUGCUUUUUCUACACCUUUUCUGUUGCCUCUACAUGUUAAUGCCAUAAAGAAACUAAGUCCCAUUGAUGUAAAGCGCUUGUCUAUUCACAUGUAUCCUCAUGUAGCUCAACAAGUAGCUAACACCUUCAAUCAGAUAGAAGAAUCCAAGAGGAACUCUGAAUUAACUAAAGAUUAUGUGGUGCUGGUUGCCAAUCCACCAACGCCACCACUACUAUCACCUUCACCACCAUCACCACUCCCACCAGUAUCACCUCCUCCACCUCCACCACCCCCUAUGAGUACAAGUCGUAUACAGACACCACAUCUACUUCCUCAAACACCUCCUCCCCCUCCUCCACCUCCCUCAAGCACAAUUCAUACAGUGACACCACAGCAACUCCCUCCGCCACCACCACCACCAAUGGCUUCGCGAGAUGCAACCAUGACAAGACUAUCCCUUGGAAAACAAGGUCCACCUCCACCACCACCACCUCCCAUGACACCAAGAACCAUCCCACCACCAAUGCAACAAGGAAAAGGUGGUGCUCCACCACCACCUCCUCCUAUUGGUGGCACCCAAUCUCUACGAGCUAAAGCAACUACAAAAUUAAAAAGAUCCUCUCAGAUGGGAAGCCUCUAUCGCCUUCUCAAAGGAAAAGUUGAAGGGUCUAGUUUGAAUGGUAAAUCCUUAAAGAGAAGUAGCAGCAAAGUUGGAGCUGCUGCUUCUGGUGGAAGUGGAAAGCAAGGAAUGGCUGAUGCACUAGCAGAAAUGACAAAAAGAUCAUCUUACUUCAUUCAAAUUGAAGAAGAUGUCAAAAACUAUGCAAAUUCAAUCAAAGAAAUGAAAGCAACUCUAAGUUCAUUCCAAACAACAAACAUGGCUGAGCUUAUCAAGUUCCACACAUAUGUUGAAUCACAUAUGGAGAAACUUACUGAUGAAACCCAGGUUCUUGCAAGGUUUGAAGAUUUUCCUAGUAAAAAGUUAGAAGGAUUAAGAAUGGCUGCAGCCCUACAUGCCAAGUUAAAUACAAUAGCUACUACUUUGCAUAAUUGGAAGAUAGAGUCUCCAGCAAACCAACUCAUUGAUAAAGUCGAAGCUUACUUUAACAAGAUUAAAGGAGAUUUGGAUACUUUAGAACGAACAAAAGAUGAUGAGCUCAAGAAAUUUAAAAGUCAAAACAUCCAUUUUGACUUUGGGAUCCUUGUAAGAAUUAAAGAAUUGAUGGUGGGGGUUUCUUCAAAUUGCAUGGAGUUGACAUUAAAGGAAGCAAGAGAGCCUAAAGCAAAAGAACAUGAAAAAAGUGGGGUGAAAAGUUCGGGGAAAAUCCUUUGGAGGGCUUUUCAGUUUGCAUUUCGGGUGUAUACAUUUGCAGGUGGACAAGAUGAUCGUGCAGAUAAUUUAACAAGGGAACUUGCUCAGGAAAUAGAGACCCACCCUUAACUUCUAGUAAGAAAGCUUUGUGUCAUAGAAUGCUUCAUAAGAUAUUCAUGGCUUCUUGUCAUAAGAGCAUUAAUUUCGGUAUUCUAGGUGUGUAGAUUUAAAUUUGAACUUCAUGUAGCUACUUGAAGCUAUUUUUGACAAAAUUGUAUGGUUCAAUUCCAUUCAUGAC